AAAACUACAAGUAACAAGAAAAAGUUGUGAGUGAAUACUAGUUUGCAAGUUUAAACAGAGAUUUUUUAUUUCUAAAGAAAUACAGUGCAUAACAAUUUGUCAAGCAUGCAAGACUACAAAAUAACUGUGAAUAAAGAUCUGCAAUGUGAACGACAUAACUGUACAUUUCAACCCAUUGAAUUAACGCAUUUCUUCGAUGGCAGUCCAGAAAAUACAGAGCAACGUCAUGAACUAGAAAAAUAUUUUUUGAACGACCCAGAACUUCGAGAUAUUGUACCAACCGAAUAUAAGAGUCACAAAGAAGUGUAUGAAGAUGCUGUGCAAAGAGCAUGCAAAGUUUUCAGAAAGAUCAAAGAGUUGCAAGAGUCGGGGAAAGCAAGUGUUUAUGUUUUACGACAUAUCUUUGGAGCUAGACUUGGGUCAGGAUUAUUUAGAGAUGGAAAUCCAUUUGUGUUGCAUUAUGCUAUGUUCAUUCCCUCUAUAUUAGGACAAGGAAAUACACAGCAACAAGGAUAUUGGGUAUCUAGAUCUUGGAGUGGUGACAUUGUUGGCACAUAUGCUCAGACCGAACUUGGCCAUGGAACGUUUAUCAGAGGUUUAGAAACUACGGCAACGUACGAUGCUUGUACGAAAGAAUUUGUUUUAAACAGUCCAACCUUGACUUCCUACAAAUGGUGGCCAGGCGGGUUGGGUCAUACUGCAAAUUAUGCGAUAGUUCUUGCACAAUUAUACGUGCAAAACGAAUGUAGAGGAAUACACCCUUUUAUUGUACAAUUAAGAGACGCAGAUACACACGAACCCAUGCCUGGCAUUAAAAUAGGAGAGAUUGGCAGGAAAUUGGGAAUGAACGGCGUUAACAAUGGUUUUCUUGGAUUUAACAAUGUUAGAAUACCACGGAUGAACAUGUUGAUGAAAAAUUCUAAGGUACUGGAAGAUGGAACGUAUGUAAAAGCAUCAAAUGAUAAGUUAACGUAUGGUACAAUGGUGUUUGUCCGAGUGGUGUUGGUACACGAUGUCGUAAGUUACUUAUCGAAAGCCGCCACUAUUGCAGUUCGAUAUAGCGCAGUGAGACGUCAAGGUCAAAUAAAUUCGGAAAAACCUGAAGUACAGAUCCUUGAUUAUGUAACACAACAAUAUAAAAUUUUCCCACAUGUCGCUGCGUGUUUUGCAUUCAAAAUAUCUGCUAAUUGGAUUUGGGAUAUGUAUAAUAACGUCACUGGUAAUCAGGAAGGACUGAAUCAACUACCAGAGUUGCAUGCUUUAGCAUGUUGCUUGAAAGCAGUUACAACUGCAGAUGCAGCAGGGGGAAUAGAGCAACUUCGGUUGUCUUGUGGUGGACACGGGUACAUGGACUCUAGUAAUCUUCCGACAACUUACGGCUUAGUCACUGCUAUGUGCACUUACGAAGGUGAAAAUACUGUCUUACUUUUACAAACAGCUAGAUACUUAGUAAAAGAGUGGAAACAAGCUGUUGCGGGUCAACCACUAUCAACGACUAUACAGUAUUUUAUGGAUGCAAUAAAAGAAAUAAAACGACCUUGGGCUAAUAGUUUGGAAUGUAUCAUUGAAGCACAUUAUGCAGUAGCUGCAGGAAAUAUCGGUUUAGCAGUGGAACACAUGGAUCAUAGAAUACAGAAUGGUAUUUCUCCAGAAGAUGCCUGGAAUCAAACUAGCAUUGAAUUAGCGUAUUGUGCAGAGGCUCAUUGUCGAGCUUUUGUUGUAAAAAGAUUUGUUGAAGCCGUUAAGCAGGUUUCGGUUUCUCAGCAAUUACGUCAAGUUCUGUUUCAACUCUGCGAAUUUUAUGCCCUAUAUUGGACUUUGCAAAAACGUGGCGAUUUCCUUCAGUUUUCGUCUAUGAAAAAAGCAGACGUACUGGUGCUUCAGUCACGCCUUGAAGAUUUGCUAGCGAUAAUCCGUCCAAACAUCGUAGGUAUCGUUGAUGGUUUCGAUAUCCAUGACGAAAUUCUUAAUUCGACUUUAGGUUCUUAUGAUGGUAAUGUGUAUGAACGUUUAUUCGCUGAAGCCAUGAAAAGUCCUUUAAACCAAAACAGUGUGAAUGAAUCUUUUAAGAAAUAUUUGAAACCAUUUCUCAAAAGCAAUUUAUAA